AUGAGUACUACUAUUACUAGUUCUAAGCUUCUUCUUCUUGUGCUUUUUGGUGCUUUCAUUUUCACCAGUGAUGCAAACAGGAAGCUUGGAAGUGCUCAAAAGGGUUCCUUUGGCGAGGAGAAAUCUUUUUAUCGCCGCCCAGGUCUUGGAGGAGGCGGCGGGCUAGGUGGAGGAGGAGGUGGGGGACUGGGUGGUGGAGGCGGUGGUGGCCUUGGAGGAGGAGGAGGUCUAGGCGGUGGUGGUGGAGCAGGUGCUGGAGGAGGGGCUGGUUUCGGCGGUGGUGCUGGAGCUGGUGGCGGGCUUGGCGGAGGUGGUGGGGGAGGCUUUGGAGGCGGCGGAGGAGGAGGACUAGGUGGUGGAUCAGGUUUUGGAGGAGGAGUUGGUGGAGGAUAUGGAGCAGGGGGUGGUGUUGGUGGUGGAGCUGGAGGAGGUGGUGGCGGAGGCUUUGGAGGCGGUGGCGGAGGAGGACUUGGCGGUGGAGCAGGCGGAGGCUUCGGUGGAGGUGCCGGUGGUGGGUUUGGAGGUGGAUUGCCUUGA